AGUUUUUGCAGCCGUUUGUGGACGAAAUGAACAGACUGUAUGUGGCAGGUCUGACAAUUAAAUCCCGCUCUUACUGGGUGGAAGCGCGUGCAACAAUUGCAGAUGCUCCGGCACGAGCAUUUAUUAAAGGUGUUAAAUCGCAUAAUGCGUACAGCGCCUGCAUGAAGUGCACUAUCGUUGGUGAGUUGGAUGGACACCGGAUGUACUUCCGGUAUGGUGAACAAUGCCCGCCUCGGAACCACAAGGAAUUUUGUGACGACAAAUAUCCAACACAUGUCAACAACCCUACGAGUCUGUUAGGUUGCGAUAUCAUUGACGAUUUUGUGUCAGCCGAAGACAUGCACUUAAUAUACAAGGGCGUAGAGGCAAAGUUGCUACAUUUGUGGAUAAAUGGCUUCCCUGGCGUAACUUGUUACUUGCCACGUCGCCAGCAACGUGAAGUGUCGGCGCACUUGCGUCUGUUAGGCUGCCUUCAGAUUACCAACGUGAACUGCGCGACCUGCGAUACAUCCAUCUCUGGAAAGCUUCCGAGUACAGGAUGUUUCUGUUGGUUGCCGGUUUCGUUGUUCUGAAGGAUAGACUUAUCGAUGCAGCGUACCAACACUUCAUGUUGUUGAUGAUGGCUGUGACGUUCAUGUCCACCACGUACCAUCGCGCUAAAUGGGAACUGGCUGAUUCAUAUUUGCAUAGGUUUGUGGCAGCCUAUGGAGAUCUGUACAGCCCGGUUCUCAUGAAUAGCAACGUGCAUAACUUACUGCACGUUUACAAUGACGUAUGCA